ACAAACAGAAACGAAAAAUACACAUCUGCUACAGCCCGCGCAUGCAGCAGCGGCUGCUGCGCAUUCAUUGCAAAAGCAAAGCAAUUUGAGUUAUUUAUAGCUACUCAUUAAAUGAACUAAGCUUGCGUAUAAUAUUCUUGAACGUUUAGCGCGCAUGCUUUCACGCGUUACUUUUUCGCUAUCUCCUAACAGCUAAUCGACCGGGGUCAGGGAGAUCCUCCUUCGGUCAAAUUCUCAAUCGACCCCGAGGACCCAGAGGCCUUCGAGCCGGAUAACAGCAAAAGAGGAGCAGAAUGUCAGACUCUGACAGCGAUGAGGACCAGGACCGGCCCUUCCAACUAGCAGGGUUUCUGUUUGGAAACAUCAAUGAGAAUGGACAGCUGGAAGAUGACAGUGUGCUGGAUAUGGAGUCAAAGAAGCACCUGGCUGGUCUGGGCUCUCUGGGUUUGGGUUCACUUAUUACAGAGAUCACAGCCAGUGAGGAGGACACAGUUGAGCAAGAGCAAGACCAGAGCAACACUGACGCAGAGGGAUGGGUAAGGAGCACAGAAGAUGCAGUUGAUUACUCUGAUAUCAGUGAAGUUGCAGAAGAUGAAACCCGCAAAUACAGACAGGCCAUGGGCAACCUCCAGCCAUCACGGAGAACAGAUGAAGAGGAAGAUUACGAUGCUGAUUGUGAGGAUGUCGAUGCCAAACUCAUGCCGCCUCCCCCUCCCCCUAGUCAGCCAACCCCUGUCAAGAAAGAAGACACACCCACUCAGAACAGCAAUGUGACCGAUGAGGGUGAUGGCAUUAUCCUACCUUCCAUUAUCGCUCCAUCAUCUGUGGGCGAUAAGGUAGAUUUCAGCAGUUCAUCAGACAGCGAGAGUGAGAGCGAUCGACCGUCUCAGGGUUCAGGGACAGAAGGACAGGCAGGGUGUCUUACCCUCCCUCUUGCGGGCAUUAUGCAGAAAGAUGCUGCUAAAGCCCUGCCUGGAGUCACAGAGCUGUUCCCUGAGUUCAGACCUGGAAGGGUGUUGCGGUUCUUGCGGUUGUUUGGUCCUGGUAAGAACAUGCCAUCUGUAUGGCGAAGUGCUCGCAGGAAACGAAAACGGAAGCAGAGAGAGCCACAGUCAGACUCGGCUACAGGUGACAAUGAAUCACAGCCACUUGAGCCAGGGGCUAAGAAAAAAUCAGGAUGGGACUAUGAGUAUGCACCACUUCCACCACCGGAGCAGUGUCUGUCUGAUGAUGAGAUCAACAUGAUGGCUCCGGUGGAGUCUAAGUUCCUGCAAGUAUCUGGUGAAGGUGAUAAGGUGUCUGAGAUGAGGCCAAAGGUGGCUGAGUGGCGUUAUGGUCCAGCACAGCUUUGGUAUGACAUGCUUGGUGUCCCAGAGGAUGGCAGUGGCUUCUAUUAUGGGUUUAAACUCAGAGAAGACCAAAAGCAAGACAGUACUGAAACAGCGGCUAAAACUGCAAACCCUCCAGUUGCUGAACCAGUCAGUGAACAGGAACCACACCAAGAAGCACAUGCUGAGCAGGAGGAUGAUGUGUCUCCGAUGCAGGAUGAGUUGUUUUUAAUGGUUACCCAGCUGCAGUGGGAGGACGACAUCAUCUGGAAUGGAGAGGACGUGAAACACAAGGGCACUAAAACUCAGCGUGCCAGUCUGGCUGGGUGGCUGCCUACUAGCAUGACCCGUAACGCCAAUGCUUACAACGCUCAGCAGGGUCUAAGUCGCAGUAAUUCUCAGUUGGUUCCCUCAACCCCACCACCUUUGGUCAAAACUCCAUCCAUAUCAGGCUCUAAGAGGGACAAACAUAAUCAUGAUCAUCAAGUCGCUCAUGAGGAUGACACCCCGUGGUUCUCCAUAUUCCCGAUUGAUAACGAGGAACUUGUUUAUGGACGUUGGGAAGACAACAUAAUCUGGGAUGACCAGAGCAUGGACCGCCUCCCUUCUCCUCCUAUUCUUACUCUUGACCCCAAUGACGAAAAUAUCAUACUCGAGAUUCCAGAUGAAAAAGAGGAGAGAGCCUCUCAUUCACCCUCCAAAGAAAACAAGAAAGAGUCAGCACUGAAAAAAAGUCGCAUUCUGUUGGGAAAGACUGGUGUCAUCAAAGAUGAACCUCAACAGAAUAUGUCCCAACCGGAGAUUAAAGAUCCUUGGAAUCUCUCAAACGAUGAGUUCUACUACCCCAAGCAGCAGGGGCUCAGGGGCACCUUUGGAGGAAACAUCAUCCAGCACUCCAUUCCUACUGUUGAGUUGAGGCAGCCCUUCUUCCCCACUCACAUGGGACCUAUGAAACUACGGCAGUUCCAUCGACCCUCCCUUAAGAAGUACUCAUUUGGAGCGCUGUCCCAGCCUGGCCCACACCCAGCCCAGCCUCUCCUCAAACACAUCAAGAAGAAGGCUAAGAUGCGAGAACAGGAACGUCAGGCAUCGGGUGGAGGGGACAUGUUUUUUAUGCGCACAGCUCAGGAUCUGACAGGCAAAGACGGAGACCUGAUUUUGGCUGAAUAUAGCGAGGAGUAUCCUCCCCUUCUCAUGCAAGUUGGCAUGGCGACCAAAAUCAAGAACAACUACAAAAGAAAACCAGGUAAAGACCCAGGAGCACCUGACUGUAAGUAUGGAGAGACGGUUUACUGUCACACUUCACCAUUCCUGGGAUCACUACACCCUGGCCAGCUACUGCAGGCCUUUGAAAAUAACUUGUUCAGAGCUCCCAUCUACCUACAUAAGAUGCCUGAGACUGAUUUCCUGAUUAUCCGGACAAGGCAGGGCUACUUCAUCCGAGAGCUUGUGGACAUAUUUGUUGUGGGUCAGGAGUGCCCUCUCUAUGAGGUGCCAGGACCCAACUCUAAACGAGCCAACACACACAUUCGAGAUUUCCUCCAGGUGUUCAUCUAUCGUCUGUUUUGGAAGAGUAAAGAUCGUCCUCGUCGUAUACGUAUGGAGGACAUAAAGAAAGCUUUUCCCUCUCACUCUGAGAGCAGCAUCCGCAAACGCCUCAAACUCUGUGCUGACUUUAAACGCACAGGAAUGGAUUCUAACUGGUGGGUGCUAAAACCUGAUUUUCGGCUUCCUACCGAAGAGGAGAUCAGAGCGAUGGUCUCUCCAGAGCACUGUUGUGCGUACUACAGUAUGCUGGUGGCAGAGCAGAGACUAAAGGAUGCUGGUUAUGGUGAGAAGUCUUUUUUUGCACCUGAGGAAGAGAAUGAAGAGGAAUUCCAGAUGAAGAUUGAUGAUGAGGUACGCACUGCCCCAUGGAACACAACUCGGGCGUUCAUUGCAGCCAUGAAGGGGAAGUGUCUCCUGGAGGUCACAGGGGUCGCUGACCCCACUGGCUGUGGAGAAGGAUUCUCAUACGUUAAAGUCCCUAACAAACCUACACAGCAGAAGGAUGAUCGAGAGCCCCAGCCAGUGAAAAAGACAGUGACAGGGACUGAUGCUGAUCUGAGACGUUUGUCCCUCAAAAAUGCCAAACAGUUGCUCCGCAAGUUUGGAGUUCCUGAGGAAGAGAUAAAGAAACUGUCCCGUUGGGAGGUGAUCGACGUUGUGAGGACCAUGUCUACUGAACAGGCUCGUUCAGGGGAGGGGCCUAUGAGUAAAUUUGCUCGCGGGUCUCGAUUCUCUGUAGCAGAACAUCAGGAACGUUACAAAGAGGAGUGCCAGAGGAUCUUUGACCUGCAGAACAAAGUAUUGGAGUCCACAGAGGUGUUAUCGACGGACACGGACAGCAGCUCAGCGGAGGACAGUGAUUUUGAGGAGAUGGGCAAGAACAUUGAGAACAUGCUGCAGAAUAAGAAGACCAGCUCUCAGCUGAGCAGAGAGAGAGAAGAACAAGAGAGAAAAGAACUACAGCGGAUGCUGAUGGGAGAGGACAAUGAGAGAGAGAGAGGCCGCAAAGAAAGACGCAAAGGCUCAAGUGCCCUUUCCACCAGCUCUCACAAAGAUGAUGAUGCUUCCUCCGUCACUAGCCUAAACUCUUCAGCAACAGGGCGAAGAUUGAAAAUUUAUCGCACCUUCUGUGAUGAGGAUGGCAAAGAAUAUGUGCGCUGUGAGACCGUACGCAAAGCGUCUGUUAUUGACGCUUACUUGCGGAUACGUACCACUAAGGAUGAUGAUUUCAUUCGCAAGUUUGCAUUGUUUGAUGAGCAGCACAGGGAGGAGAUGAGAAAGGAACGACGAAGAAUUCAGGAGCAGCUGCGGCGCCUCAAGCGAAACCAAGAGAAAGAUAAAUUUAAAGGUCCGCCUGAGAAAAAGGCGAAGAAGGCCAAAGAACGACCAGACCUGAAGCUGAAAUGUGGAGCUUGUGGUGCUAUUGGCCAUAUGAGGACCAAUAAGUUCUGCCCAUUGUACUACCAAACCAAUGCCCCACCCUCUAAUCCGGUGGCAAUGACAGAGGAGCAGGAAGAGGAGCUUGAGAAGACUGUGAUCCACAAUGACAAUGAAGAACUUAUUAAAGUAGAAGGAACCAAGAUUGUGCUUGGAAAGCAACUCAUUGAGAGUGCUGAUGAAGUGCGGAGGAAAUCUCUGGUUCUGAAGUUCCCCAAGCAGCAGCUUCCUCCUAAAAAGAAGAGACGUGUGGGGACAACGGUGCACUGUGACUACCUCAAUGUAAGACGUCCUCUCAAGUCCAUCCAUCGCAGAAGGACAGACCCCAUGGUCACACUCUCUUCAGUACUGGAGAGCAUCAUUAAUGACAUGAGGGACCUUCCUAAUACAUACCCAUUUCACACUCCUGUGAACGGCAAAGUGGUUAAGGAUUAUUACAGGAUCGUCACACGGCCGAUGGACCUGCAGACAUUGCGUGAAAAUGUUCGCAAGCGCAUGUACCCGUCACGAGAAGAGUUCAGAGAGAGUGUCGAACUCAUCUUCAAAAACAGUUCUACGUACAAUGGUGCAAAGCAUCCUUUAACCCUUGUCAGUCAAGCAAUGCUGAAUCUGUGUGAUGAGAAACUCAAAGAGAAAGAGGAGCGUUUGGUUCGUUUAGAGAAAGCCAUUAAUCCCCUUCUGGAUGAUGAUGAUCAGGUCGCUUUCUCCUUCAUCCUCGACAACAUUGUCACACAGAAGAUGAUGCCCGUACCUGACUCCUGGCCCUUCCAUCAUCCUGUUAACAAGAAAUUUGUUCCUGAUUAUUAUAAAGUCAUCAUCUACCCCAUGGAUCUGGACACACUCCGUAAGAACAUCUCCAAGCACAAGUAUCAGAACCGAGAGGUGUUUCUUUUUGAUGUCGCUCUCAUUCACACCAACAGUGUCAAGUACAAUGGGCCUGAUAGUCCUUAUACCAAAACAGCUCUGGUAAUCAUGAAUGUCUGCAAGCAGACUUUAGCAGAGUACGACGAACACCUGACUCAACUGGAAAAGGACAUCUCUACUGCUAAAGAAGCUGCUCUGGAUGCUGCAGACCUUGAGAGCUUAGACCCCUUGACCCCUGGACCGUACACGCCGCAGGGUCGUCACGGCAGAGGCCGAAUGGGCGAGGAGGAGUCUGAUGUGGACAUUGAAGGAUUUGAGGAAGAUGAUGAUGGCAAACCUAAAACACCUGCUCCAGCUGAAGAGGGUGAUCUGGAUGAUGAAGACGAGGAGGAUGAUGAAGACGAGCUCCUCAUGCGGCCACAGAGGCGUAUGCAUAGGGAUGAAGAGGAGGAGGAGGAUGAUGAAUGUUCCAGCCGGCCAGCACAGGCCAGUGUGCUCUACCAGGAUCUGCUGAUGUCAGAUGCAGAAGACGACGCCAGUGAGGAGGAAGGCGAUAAUCCAUUCUCCUCUAUCCAACUGUCAGAGAGUGGCAGUGACAGUGAUGCUGAACUGGGGCAUCAGGAGAGCACCCGGAUUGGACUAGAGCAGGAAGAGAGUAUGAUGUCUUACGAGGGGGAGGGACCUGAUGGGGUAAUGCACAUGGAGGACAGCAAUGUCAGCUACGGCAGCUAUGAUGAUGGAGACAGUCAGAUGCACAGGCAUGUGUCCAGCCCCAGGACAGGAGAACGAGAUGGAGAGGAGGGGUACGGGAUAAGUGAAGAGGAAGAAGAGGAGGAGGAGGAUGAGAGGAGAAGAGGUCCUAGUGUUCUCACACAGGCACAGCUCAGUGAUGAUGAGGAGGACAGUGAAGAAUUCAGAUCCGUUGGCGGAGACAGUGACAUGGAUUCUGACAACUAACACAUGCUUAUUCCUCUUCUGUCAUAUGUUCUGUGUGUAAAUGUCCUGGUGGUUAUCAUGGUGUUGCACAUAACUGUAUAUUUCGUCCUGCUCUUAUGGUUGUGUUUUACAUGUUAAUAUUUUUAUGGGACAUAUUGAUCCUGUUUGAGGGACUCAGAAAACUUUUGUGAUAAAGAAUGUGAGAAAUACAUUUUUAUGAAUCUGAAGUUAACACAUUGUGAUUUUGUAUUUUCAACUCUCCUGCUAGUCAUGAUCUUACUCCUUUUUUAACUAUAAUCCAUUUUUCUAAAAUUCAUUUUAAAAACACUUUAAACUCAAACCUUGUUAGUUCAUAUUGGCAGUUGACAUUGGCCGUUUUUAGCAGUUUCAGGUAAAUUGUGAAAACUGUCCAGUGAUGUGGCUGUUGUCGUCAUGAAAUAUACAAUACAGAAAUGCAUCAAUUUAUGUUAAAUAGAAAUAGAAAUAUUAAAUAUACUGACAUUAUCUAAUUGGCUCUUGAGAUGGGAUGAGGGACAGUUUUACUUUGUACUAUUAAUUAGAUUUAAUGUUUGUGUGGAACCUCUUCUAUGUUCAUCAGUCCUGCGGUGUGACACCACCUGAUUUACGCUAUUGUUCAAGUUUGUGGUUGGUAAGAUUUUGUAAUCUUUGUUUUAAGGAAAUCUCUUACCAAUCGCUCACCA